AAAUGUGGGAAUCUCUGUACGGAUUUACCAAUCACCGCGGGUCCUGCGUUUUUCGGGGGAUUGUGGGAUAGGCCUCUGGAGUUGGGAGGACUCCGAGUGUUUGGUGAUCUCUGGCGGGAUCGAUUUCCCAAUUUGUUGUGAUCGAGUGGAUUAGGAACGGAUCCAAGAUGCCGGAAAGAGACAAUGAGCCGUUUUCAAAUCCUCUGGCGCCAGAUUCACAUGAGAUGGAAAGUACUCGGUCGCUGAAUCAAUCCAAGCUGACCAAUGAGGACUUCCGAAAGUUGUUGAUGACUCCAAGAUCAACUCCAUCCUCAGCUCCACCUUCAAAAACGCGUCAACAUGAGAUGCCAAGGGAAUACAAUGAGGAGGAUGAUCCAGCUGCUCGCAGAAGGAAAAAGAAAAGGUAUGCUGGAUAA